UUGUAUUGAGUCUCGCAGGAUUGCGGAGGAGUUCGGGGGAACGUGAGGGCGGGCGGGGGCGGCGCCCACGCAUUGCCCGCCGCACCUUGCCGCCCGCCGACCGCCAGUCAGCAACUGUGGCUCGUGUUGGCUGAACCAUCUGUAGGGCCAUCUUCUUUUUCUUGCGCUAGGACACCCAAACAAUACACACACAAUGGCGGAUGAUGAAAAAAAGCGUCUCGAGGAGGCGAAGAAGGCCAAACAGGCCGAAAUCGACCGCAAGCGUGCUGAGGUGCGCAAGCGCAUGGAGGAAGCCUCCAAGGCCAAGAAGGCGAAGAAAGGUUUCAUGACCCCUGAAAGAAAGAAGAAGCUUAGGUUGCUCUUGCGUAAAAAAGCCGCCGAAGAAUUAAAGAAAGAACAGGAACGCAAAGCAGCAGAAAGGAGGCGCAUCAUCGAGGAAAGGUGCGGUAAACCCAAGAACAUUGACGAUGCAAACGAAGCGGCUCUCACGAGCAUCAUUACCGGUUAUCAUCAGCGUAUCGCGAAGCUCGAAGAGGAGAAGUACGAUCACGAGAUGGAAGUGGCUCGCAGAGAUCUCGAGAUCGCUGACCUGAACUCUCAAGUCAAUGACCUCAGAGGCAAAUUCGUCAAACCAACACUCAAGAAGGUGUCCAAAUACGAGAACAAAUUCGCCAAGCUCCAGAAGAAGGCGGCCGAAUUCAACUUCCGUAACCAAUUGAAGGUUGUCAAAAAGAAGGAAUUCACUCUCGAAGAAGAAGACAAAGAGGGUGGUGCUGGUGCUAAGAAAAAGCCAGACUGGUCCAAGGGCAAGCCAGGAGACCAGAAGGUAAAAGAGGAGGAGGUGGAAGCAUGAAGUGUGAUCCCCACUAUAAACUAUUUGUGACCUUUAUAUCAGCUGACCAAAACGUAUUUCAAGUUCAAUAACACCCUUUACUGGGUUUUAUUUUCCUUGAAAACAAUUCCUAAAUCAUUUUAUAUGUAUUCAAUGAUGACACUUCGAACAUCAAAACAAUUUUUAUAUUUAUUUAUUUAUAAAUAAUGUUUUUGUAAGUUAAUAAUACGUUAAAUAAAAUUAAUUUUCUGUAUUAUAUUACAUGAACCGUGAUGUCAUUUUCCUCUACUCCCUAUAACCCUUUUGUUAUUGUAUUAAAAAACAGAUGAAAAAACCGUAACAAGUUUCCUCUUACUAAUUACGUUCUCAUCAUUUUGUUCUAAAAAUAAGCUCAAACCCUUUUAGUUAUGGUGAUAUAUGGAACAAUAAUGCCUUCAACAUUUUCCCUUUUCUCAAUCCCUUAAAACAGAAAAAAAAAUAUAUAUUUAUAUCAGGUAAGCACUUAACCAAAAUAUAUCAAAUGAACAUAAUACCAACACUUUGUUAAAGACACAAAUGCACAAGCAAUUAUAAUUAAACAUUCAAUCAAUUUAAUAUCACACUUGAUUAUUAUGAUGAAUUAAUUUCUCAGAUUGGCAGGAUGUAAUUAAUUAACACGGUUAUUAAAUUAUUGAAGAAGGGUAUAGCAGAAAAUAUCUUGUUCAAAUUAUAAAUAAACCAGGAGCUCACAGAAGGUCAGAGUCAAACGAUACAACCCUCAAGUUGUUUGUGCUCAUGUGGUGAGUAUAGUAACCACAGCUAUGGUAUAAAAAUUGGCGUUCACGAGUCUUUAGAUAGUAUAUUUUUUAUCACCUGUUAAAAUGUAAUCGAUGAUCGGAAAAUUGUUGUACAAUAAAAGCAUACAAAAUGUUUUACGAUUAUAUUAUUAUUAUUUCGAACGGGAAAAUACAGCAAAAACCUCAAAUAAUACAUAUUUAUAUCGAAAUUAUUAUCUUAAUACUAAUGUACAUUAUUGCUGUUUUAUUUAUUUAAUAUAUUGUUAUGUAUC